AUGCAUUCUCGUAUUGUUCUUAGCGCCCGUCCACAUCGGAGGUGGUACCUGCCCGGGAAUAUCCUACGCUGCGAGGCUCGCCUCGAGCACGAAACCCCCCGCUCUUCGGUACAGCAGCCUGCCGCUUUACGGCAAACCGGGGAUCAAUAUCGAUUGUUUCCAAUCCAGAACGACUCCUUGUUGGAUUUUACAGGUGAUACCGAGUGGAUGCUGGAUUCACUGAAGGUGAGCGUGAAGGGAUAUUGCGCCUUGGAUCCCGAAUGGUUUUCCGCUGAAGGGCUUCAUUCCAACACGGACGCACCGCCGCACUCAUCGAUUAACGCAUCACCAUCUUCAGUGCAGAACCCCAACGACGCACCACCUCAUCCGUCUAUUCUCUGGAGAGUUCUCUCCAUGGUAAAUGGAGGCUCCACGGAUGCAAUGAAAAGUUCUUUAUCUCUACAGUACCCCCUGUUUGAAUCACCAGUGUGGACGAUUGCGCAAUCGAUUCCUUUAAAUCCUGGCAAACACCUUAGCUUUUCCUUUUCAAUGAGUCUUCCCGAUGAGCUACCGCCAUCUGUUAGUGGAAUUCAUGCUAAAAUAGCGUACCUGAUUUCCAUAAUCGCCAACUAUCACUCUGAAAGCCCCAAUAAUCACCAAACCAAUAGUACCACAACGGUUGAGAUUCCCAUCCAUGUUUUCUCCAUAGCGGCGAGCAUUUCACCGAUUUUUAUCAAAUCCAUCUUUCCUCUUUCCAAGAAUCAUCCACUUGUGAUGAAUAAUUACAGUUUUAGUUUUUGCCUUUCAAUUUCAACUCCAUCCUCUUGUAAUACGACUACCGAAGGAUUGAAUUCCCACCAGAGAUUAGAAAGCCCUCCGAGUUCUAAAGAGGUACUCUAUUGGUAUAAUAUGAAGUCCGACAAUGAGGCCCUUACGGCAAAACCAAGAAGUUUAAGCAAGUUUAACUUCACACCUCCUAACAGGGAUCACGCACCUGUUCAGCUUAUUUUGCAUUCCUCAAAGGUGGCAAUCGGUUCUUCUUUGAUUGGCGUGUUUAACCAUAAUGGAUUAGAAAGAGAAAAUACAUCACUGACCGAGGAAUUUACUUUAGUUCCUCUAUCGGCUUGCGUUUCGCUUGAAAGUUUGGAAUGCGGUAACGAAUAUCGGAUUCGACGAGGAAAGCGAUUCAAAAAAGCGUAUGGUUUAGAUAACUUAGCCAUUAUCGGUUCCCAUACAGUUUGUGAAGAGAGACUUAUUUUGUUCGACUCUCCAAGCACGCCUUUUACGUUUCAUUUAACCACAGAAAACAUUUCAAGCGCGAGUUUUUUCACUGAUAUCGUCUCCAUCAUGUGGCAUAUCCGUGUAAGAGUAUUAUGGGGUAUUCACAAUGGUAUAGACACAAUAAAGGCGGAAAACAGCGAAGUAGUAGAAGCUGUAAUUCCUAUUAUUCUCGAGCCACCACCACUACCUCAGGAACAUUGCUCUAAGCUUGCAGUGUAA